AUGUACCCAUGCAUCACCCGGCUGCAGACCAUCCUCGCCCUGCUGUACUCCACCAUGCUGUCCCGGGGCCACACGUGCCCCUCUAGGUGCCUCUGCCCGGACCACCACACCGUGGACUGCUCCGGCCGCGCGCUCACCCACCUCCCGGGCCCCUUCCCCCUCAACGUGCGCCGCCUGCUGCUGGCCAACAACUGGAUCUCCUGGAUCCCGUCGGACUUCCUGCUGCUCUACAGCGACCUGGUGUACCUGGACCUGAGGAACAACUCGCUGUCCCAGCUGGAGCCCGGCACGCUCAGCACCCCCUUCUCCAGGCUGGUCUUCCUGGACCUGGGCAGCAACAACCUGACGGAGAUCCCCUCGGGGUCGUUCGGGGAGUCCCGGAGCCUGAUCAAGCUGCGCCUGGGGGACAACCCCUACCUGAGCGCGGUGGGGCCGCACGCCUUCCAGGGCCUCAGCUCCCUGCGGGAGCUGGGCCUGGAGCGGAACGGGCUGUCGGACCUGGACGUGGGCGCCCUGGAGCCCCUGGCCUCCCUGCGGACGCUGCGGCUGGAGGGGAACCCCUGGGAGUGCAGCUGCCGCUUCGCCAAGCUGUUUGCGUGGCUCACGGAGCACCGCGACAAGCUGCCCACGGGUGAGGAUAAUAAGCGGCUUACGCCCUUGUGCCAUGCAUGCGCCUCUAAAGCCCCGGCGGGGCGGGACAGGGAAUCGGCCACACGCCGCUGGUAA